AUGGCAGACAAGGUAGGCCGCAACCCCCACCCAGACUUCAAGAAAGUCGAGGCCUCCCGCGAGGAAUGGGACACCUCCGCCUCCUUCCGCUACACCAAGACCGCAAACCCGGACUGGAAGUUUGGCGACGGCGCCAACCGGCUCUAUGACUCGGACGCCAAAUCCAAGAAGCACAUCGCCAUCGACCCCUACACCCCCGGCAGGCCCUGGGGCUCCAACUACAAGCUCCUCAUCUCGGGCGUGACCCCCCGCCCAAUCGCCUUCCUCAGCACCCGCAGCGCAGAUGGCAGCGCCAACCUCGCCCCCUUCAGCUUCUUCAACGUCGUGAGCGAGGACCCGCCCCUGCUCGCCGUCGGCUUCGCCCGCCCGGGGCCGGACAGGGACGCCAAGGACAGCCUGCGCAACCUGCGCGAGACGGGGGAGUGCGUCGUCAACAUCAUCUCGGAGCACUUCGUCGAGGCGGCCAACGCCGCGAGCGUCGACGCCCCGCACGGCGUGUCCGAGUGGGCGCUGUCCGGGCUGACCCCCGCGGAGGACUGCGAGACGGUCAAGUGCGCGCGGGUCAAGGAGGCCGUGUUCAGCAUCGAGGCCAAGCUCGACUACGUGAAGGAGUAUGAUAGCCGGGUGGUCGAGGGCCGCAAGGGCGGCACCAUUGCCAUCCUCGAGGUUACGCGGUUCUGGGUCCGGGAGGAUGCGCUGAACGAGGACCAGAAUCUGAUUGAUAUUUCUGUUCUAAAACCGAUGAGUCGCUUGGGUGGCAUCACUUAUGGGAGAACAACGCAGGGGAUUGAGCUUCUCAGGCCAGGCUUUGAAAAGGAUGUCGGUGGUCGAGAGGGUGCUGAGAAGAUCAUCAAUGAUACCAAGGUAUAG